AGGGCCAGGGGAGCGGGCGAAGGAAGGCUUCCUAGAGGCGCGCGGCUCUCCCCGCCUGGGCUCCAGCACCAGCGGUGCCCCGAGUCCCCGAGACGGGGCCACACAGAUAGACUGACCGAGUAGCCUGCGUUCAGGAAGGCGACCCGACAGAGGCAGAGCCCCACGGAGCGAUCGCCCUCUUCCCCAGGAUCUUGGUGGCAACGAGCUCUCUCCGCCCGCUCGAGGCUCUCAGAAGUUACCCCGCAGGUGUCGAGGCCCUGGGAGGAGACGGAAUCUGGACACACCGCCCCUCAGGGGACAGGCGCUGGCCGCCCCUUCGGCAGGCCGGGCCGCCCCGCUUGGAAGAAGCCAGGGUGGAGAGACCCUUCUCUUCCCUGGAGCCACCUGGAGGAGACCCAGAACUGGACCCAGCCAGGGCUGAGAGGAUGGCAGUGCCCAGACUGCGGCCCUGGGGAGCACGCCUGCUCGUGCUCUUCCUCUCCUGGGGAUCCGGCCUGGACACUCUACAGGUGUGCCCCAGCCUGGACAUCCGCUCAGAGGUGGCGGAGCUGCGUCGGCUGGAGAACUGCAACGUGGUCGAGGGCCACCUGCAGAUCCUGCUCAUGUUCACAGCCACGGGGGAGGAUUUCCGAGGCCUCAGUUUCCCGCGCCUCACCCAGAUCACCGACUACCUGCUGCUCUUCCGGGUCUACGGCCUGGAGAGCCUUCGCGACCUCUUCCCCAACCUAGCAGUCAUCCGAGGCACCCGCCUCUUCCUGGGCUACGCGCUGGUCAUCUUUGAGAUGCCACACCUGCGUGAUGUGGGGCUGCCCGCGCUGGGGGCCGUGCUGCGUGGGGCCGUGCGCGUGGAGAAGAACCAGGAGCUCUGCCACCUCUCCACCAUCGACUGGGGCCUGCUGCAGCCAGCGCCUGGUGCCAACCACAUCGUGGGCAACAAGCUGGAUGAGGAGUGUGCUGACGUGUGCCCUGGCGUGCUGGGUGCUGCCGGCGAGCCCUGUGCCAGGACUACCUUCAGCGGGCACACGGACUACAGGUGCUGGACCUCCAGCCACUGCCAGAGAGUGUGCCCCUGCCCGCAUGGGGUGGCCUGCACAGCAGGGGGCCAGUGCUGCCAUGCCGAAUGCCUGGGAGGCUGCAGCCGGCCAGAAGACCCUCGUGCCUGUGUAGCCUGCCGCCACCUCUACUUCCAGGGUGCCUGCCUCCGGGCCUGCCCUCCAGGCACCUACCAGCAAGAGUCCUGGCGCUGUGUCACAGUGGAGCGCUGUGCCAGCCUGCGCUCAGUGCCCGGCCGCGCCUCCACCUUUGGCAUCCACCAGGGCAGUUGCCUGGCCCAGUGCCCUCCAGGCUUCACUCGUAAUGGCAGCAGCAUAUUCUGCCACAAGUGCGAGGGGCUAUGCCCCAAAGAGUGCAAGGUGGGCACCAAGACCAUCGACUCCAUUCAGGCGGCACAGGACCUGGUGGGCUGCACCCACGUGGAAGGGAGCCUCAUCCUCAACCUUCGCCAGGGCUACAACCUGGAGCCGGAGCUGCAGCACAGCCUGGGGCUGGUAGAGACCAUCACUGGCUUCCUCAAAAUCAAGCAUUCCUUUGCCCUCGUGUCCCUGGGCUUUUUCAAGAACCUCAAACUAAUCCGAGGGGACACCAUGGUGGAUGGGAACUACACUCUGUACGUGCUGGACAACCAGAACCUACAGCAGCUGGGGUCUUGGGCGGCCGCGGGGCUCGCCAUUCCCGUGGGCAAGAUCUACUUCGCCUUCAACCCGCGCCUCUGCUUGGAGCACAUCUACCGGCUGGAGGAGGUGACCGGCACGCGAGGUCGUCAAAACAAGGCCGAGAUCAACCCCCGCACCAACGGAGACCGCGCCGCCUGCCAGACUCGAACCCUGCGCUUCGUGUCCAACGUGACGGAGACCGACCGCAUCCUGCUACGCUGGGAGCGCUACGAGCCGCUGGAGGCCCGCGACCUGCUCAGCUUCAUCGUGUACUACAAGGAGUCCCCAUUCCAGAAUGCCACGGAGCACGUGGGUCCAGAUGCCUGUGGAACCCAGAGCUGGAACCUGCUGGAUGUGGAGCUGCCCCUAAGUCGCACCCAGGAGCCAGGGGUGACCCUGGCCCCCCUCAAGCCUUGGACGCAGUACGCGGUGUUUGUGCGGGCCAUCACUCUCACCACUGCUGAGGACAGUCCCCAUCAAGGAGCCCAGAGCCCCAUUGUCUACCUCCGAACCCUGCCUGCAGCGCCCACGGUGCCCCAAGACGUCAUCUCCACGUCCAACUCCUCCUCCCACCUCCUGGUGCGCUGGAAGCCACCGACUCAGCGCAACGGAAACAGCACCUACUACCUGGUGCUGUGGCAGCGGCUGGCGGAGGACAGCGACCUUUACCUCAAUGACUACUGCCACCGCGGCUUGCGGCUGCCCACGAGCAACAACGACCCCCGCUUCGACCGCGAAGAUGGGGACCUGGAGGCCCAGAUGGAGUCCGGCUGCUGCCCUUGCCAGCACUCACCUCCCGGUCAGGUCCUGCCCCCGCUGGAGGCGCAGGAGGCCUCGUUUCAGAAGAAGUUCGAAAACUUCCUGCACAACGCUAUCACCAUCCCCAAAUCCCCUUGGAAGGUGACGUCCAUCAACAAGAGCCUCCAGAGGGACUCAAGGCGGCACCGCCGAGCCGCCGAGCCCCUCCGGCAGGGGAGCAACAGCUCGGAUUUCGAGAUCCAGGAGGACAAGGUGCCCCGGGAGCGAGCGGUGCUGAGCGGCCUGCGCCACUUCACGGAAUACCGAAUCGAUAUUCAUGCCUGCAACCACGCGGCGCACACCGUGGGCUGCAGCGCCGCCACCUUCGUGUUUGCGCGCACCAUGGCCCACAGAGAGGCUGACGAUAUUCCGGGAAAGGUGGCCUGGGAGGCGGCUAGCAAGAGCAGUGUUCUCCUGCGCUGGCUUGAGCCGCCAGACCCUAACGGACUCAUCCUCAAGUAUGAAAUCAAGUACCGCCGCUUGGGAGAGGAGGCCACAGUGCAGUGUGUGUCCCGUCUUCGGUAUGCCAAGUUCGGGGGAGUCCACCUGGCCCUGCUGCCGCCUGGAAACUACUCCGCCAGGGUGCGGGCGACCUCACUGGCUGGCAAUGGCUCCUGGACAGACAGUGUCGCCUUCUACAUCCCUGGCCCAGAGGAGGAGGAUGGUGGAGGGAUGCACAUCCUCCUCACUGUCACCCCUGUGGGGCUGAUGCUGCUCAUCAUUCUUGCUGCCCUCGGUUUCUUCUACGGCAAGAAGAGAAACAGCACCCUGUAUGCCUCUGUGAAUCCGGAGUACUUCAGCACCUCCAACAUGUACAUCCCUGAUGAGUGGGAGGUGCCUCGGGAGCAGAUCUCCAUAAUCCGGGAACUGGGCCAGGGCUCCUUUGGGAUGGUGUAUGAGGGGCUGGCACGAGGCCUUGAGGCUGGAAAGGAGUCCACGCCGGUGGCCCUGAAGACGGUGAAUGAACUGGCCAGCCCACGGGAACGCAUCGAGUUCCUCAAGGAAGCUUCUGUCAUGAAGGCAUUCAAGUGUCACCAUGUGGUGCGUCUCCUGGGUGUGGUGUCUCAGGGCCAGCCAACUCUGGUCAUCAUGGAGUUAAUGACCCGUGGAGACCUCAAGAGCCAUCUUCGAUCUUUGCGGCCUGAGGCAGAGAAUAACCCUGGGCUCCCACGGCCAGCGCUGGGGGAUAUGAUCCAGAUGGCUGGUGAGAUUGCAGACGGCAUGGCCUACCUUGCCGCCAACAAGUUUGUGCACCGAGACCUGGCAGCCCGCAACUGCAUGGUGUCCCAGGACUUCACCGUCAAGAUCGGGGACUUCGGGAUGACUCGGGACGUGUACGAGACAGACUACUACCGCAAGGGCGGGAAAGGGCUGCUGCCCGUGCGCUGGAUGGCCCCCGAGUCUCUCAAAGACGGAAUCUUCACCACCCACUCGGAUGUCUGGUCCUUUGGCGUGGUGCUCUGGGAGAUCGUGACCCUUGCUGAACAGCCCUACCAGGGCCUGUCCAACGAGCAGGUGCUCAAGUUUGUCAUGGACGGCGGGGUCCUGGAGGAGCUGGAGAGCUGUCCCCUUCAGCUGCAGGAGCUGAUGAGCCGCUGCUGGCAGCAGAAUCCGCGCCUGCGCCCAACUUUCACCCACAUCCUGGACAGCAUACGGGAGGAGCUGCAGCCCUCCUUCCGCCUCCUUUCCUUCUAUUACAGCCCAGAGUGCGGGGAGGGGCCGGGGCUCCCUGCCACCCACUGAUGCGGAGCCUGACUCCUCACCAACCCCAAGAGGGGCUUCCUCAGACUGCAGCCCUUAAAAUAGGGGUCCAGGACACUGAGGGACACCCCGCUCCAAGCUGACUGGCCUCCCAUGGGCAGAGAGCGAGGGGUCCAACCUGCCUGACAGUGAGAUGUCUAGAUGUCCCCCAACCCCCUCUCAGACAGGCAGGGGCUGAGGGUGGGGCAGAGGGCAGGAGCAGGAAGGGGCAUCGGAGCAGUCUCACUGUAGGAGAGAGCUCUCAGCAGUCGGAGCUCUCCAUGAGAAAGCACGCAGGGUCUCAGCUGGAAUGGAGAUCAGGCCAUGGACAAACGUCCUGCACUCAGAGUGAGGGGCCCUGCUCAGAGUAGGAAAAGAUGCCCACCCACCCUGGAGGCAGGGUCCAGAGAACCCCACCCUCAGCUGUCCUGUGGACAUCUGGGGCCAUCAACACCUUGAAACCAGAUGAGCAGUCAGACCAGGCCUGGAGCCCUCUCUGUCCAUGUUUGGGAUGCUCGGGUGGGUGCCCAUGUGACUGUCCUGCCUGCCACUGCAUUUCACCUCCUCCCUCUGCCCCCGACCAAGUGUCGUGGGGUGAAUCCAGGGAUCUGGGCAAGUGGUUCCCAGCCUGGCCUGCCAUCACCUCUUCCUCCCCUCUUGUCCCACCCAGGAUUCCCCAAGCUUGGUGCUCCCCCUCCCUUCUCUCCAGGGGCAUCCCUUGGUGCACAUCCACCCUCUUUUCAGUCCCUUCCCCUCAAUUAUUAGCCCUGGAUUAUUAAGGCUUUAUGAGCCUUGUCUUCCUCCCUCCCCUCACCCCGCCAACCCACCCCCACCUCUCAUGGGAAGGCUGGAAAAGGCACAAUAAAUACCGACGUCUGUUUGUACCCUGGUCCCAGGCAGCCCAUUUUCUCUCCAUCUAUAUAGUGUUAACACCGGAUGAACUUCCUGUCUCCCUCCUUUGGGACUUGAGGUGGUGACCCUAAGACAGUGACACAGGAUAAAUACACUCUGUCAACACCAUCUCUGAGAGGACCUGAGCAGCCAGAGUUGCCAUGGCAGUGAAGCAGGACAAUCUUGCUAUUAUCCCCUGUGCAGGGCCAGAAGUGGUUGCGCCUGGCAGGGAACCUUUGUAUCUGGCCUCCAAGCGGAACCAACUAGUCCCUGGCACCACAUCUUAAUUUUGUCCCUUGCCAUGUCUGUCCAGGGGGCAAGUGUUUCCUGAGUACCACAGGAUAGACUUUAAGCGGGCAAACAUGGGGUGGGGGAGGGGCCCUGAUGACAUCACCAGUUUGUGCUCUAUGUCUCCCACACAAGGCAGGGGACACACACCAGGGCAGGGUGUGUGUGUCUGGCACCCCAUGGUGACCUGUGAGGCCAGAAUCUCAGCUUCUGGCUGAGAUGCCUUUGAGGCAUGUCAAAGUUGCGCAGGACAGCCAGUUCCCAGGCCUUUAUGCCGGUGCCAGGAGGGACUUGAGGGAGAGAGUUGCCGAAGGACUUCAAACCUUGACGGAGUGGGUGGCAGUGGGAGGGGCUGGCCACGGCUCAGGGCUUUAGUUUCCUGCAUCCAGGUGCUUGGGGCCACAGCUCCCACACGCUGCCACCUGCUCUGGGUAUGGUGACAUGAGUGCCUCUGAGCACCUUGCUCACUCCUGCCAGCAGCUGUCCUGUAAGCCGCAGCUCCUUCGGGCGGGGCCUGGGUGGAGUGGGCAUGAGUCUGUGCCAGGCCGUCUCUAAGACAGUAACUACUCUGU